CACAGUCACGUAUGAAACACGGUGAACCGCGUAUGUGUGUAUGAACCUAUAUGCAAAAACUUAACGUAGUUUAUCAGAGUUAAUUAUCGUAAAACUCGUGCGUAAUAACUAUCGUUACUCAUCAUAAGUUACGCACGAGACUUUUGCGGACUAUGCAGGAAUUUCCUUACGUGUUAUCAGAGUACGAGGAAAUAAAUCCUCUUCUUUACAAGCCUAUCAACUCAACUCAACGAAUCAAGUAUACAUGUUUCAAUACGUCUUCCAGCUAUAUUGUAUUAGGUUCAACCAGUGGCAGUAUUUAUCUAUUUUCAAGGAAACCAUGCUCAUUUAUACAGUUAAUACCCUUAUCGGAAGGUGCAGUUUCUCGUAUUCUCAUAUCACCUGAUGAGAAAACGAUUGCCUUGACAACAAAUCGUGGCAUAGUUUGUCUAAUAGCUCUAAAAUCUACGCCAAAAUUGAUAGCUAUAUCAACCGAGCACAUUCACAAACGAGUUAACUGCCUGUGUUGGAAUGAUAAUAGCUCUGAGGUAUAUAUUGGAGAUGGGCAUGGAAAAGUUUCUGUUAUGGCACUAUCUAUUUUUACGGUAAAUGGCAUGUUUCAAGCACCAACUUGUACAUUGAUGAAUUUAGAUUCAAGCAUUGUACAACUUAAUUUCUUAUCACCUUUAUUAUUAGUGUCAACUUUGACUCGUUGUUACAUAUGUGAUACAAUACAGGAACAGUAUAAACAAAUAGGAAAUAAAGCACGGCAUGGAGAAUUUGGUGCCUGUUUCUAUAAAACAUGCCUUAUAGAGAAUAAGAGUGCUCCAGACAGCCAAAAGGAAGGGAAAGUAGUCAAUAAAAAGGGUUCCUUUAAUUUCAUUGCAGAAGGUAACAGUAAGAUACAAGAAGAAAAUUUUCCUCAAAUCUUUUGUGCUAGACCAGGAUCUAGACUUUGGGAAGUGUCUGCAAAUGGAAUAGUAAUGAAAACUCAUCAGUUUAAAGAAGCACUUGCUAUUCCACCUAUAAGAAUAUGUAGGCCAAGCAUUAGAAAAUCUGUUUAUCAAAAGCAAGCAGAACCAACCUGGCUGCCACAAUCUAUUAAUUUCUCCUAUCUGUCUGUUAUUGGAGACAAGUAUUUAUUUUCAUAUACUUCUACUGGCCUAUACAUUAUUGAUCCCCUGACUGCAACUGUGGUACUGUGGAAUAAUGAAUUUUCAAAUAUAUCUUUAGCAGAAACUAUUGAGAAUAAAAUAUAUUUGAUGACCUCUGAUGGGGAAUUUCAUUGUUUAGUUUUAUAUUUCUUAGAUUCCUUAAUAUUACGAUUGUAUAAUAAAAAGAAAUAUUAUGAAUGUUUAGAGAUAUGCCUCAUGUAUAAACUACAAUUAAAAAAAUUAGUAAAUAAUACUGAGAUUAAUAAUGUUUGUGAUAUAGAGAAUAGGUUGCAGAUAUUUAAAGAUGAUGAAUUGUCAACAUUAUUACAUCCUUUAAUACUUUUAUUGGAAUCUAAUAUAAAAAUAAUUCCAAAAAAAUUAGAUUCAGGUAUUGUAGUCGUUAAUUGCGGAAAUUCAGACCUGAAAGAUGAGGAAAAUUUGGGGCUUCAUUCUGUAUCCUAUUGUUCUUUGCAAAAUAAUGAAAGGCUUUUUGAAACCGAAUUAAACAUAGAAAAAGAAAAAACAUCAACCAAUUUAUUGGAUGGUUCCGAUAAUAAAACGAAAAAGGAUGAAGACACGAAUUGCAAUACAGCCAAGGAUUUAGAAGAAGGUCAUGAUGAAACCAAAGAAAAAUUGAAUUUGAACAAAAGUGUAACACAAAGAAUACAAGCAGAUCUGGAAAUUAUAUAUACGGUAGUUGGUAAUAUUAAGCCUUCAAUGGACGAAGAAGACUUAGAAAAAAUAAUUUUAGAUAUAGAUUGGAGAAUGAAUGUUAUCAAAGAUUCAUAUGAAAAUGUAGAUGAACUAAAGAACUUUGUAUAUGAAAUAUUAAGAAGCGUAGAACUAUGUUACUUCAAUGCUUUAUUAGAAAAUGUUUCAAUACAACUAAUACAAUCUACAGAUAAUGAAAAUAUUAUAAAACAAAUAAUAAAAGCUUUUGUUAAUGUAAAUGCACAAAGCUGCAGAAGAUGUACCUGUGGUAGUGUGUAUCCAACAAAUGAACUAAUAGAACCAAAGUUCCUGGGGAUUGGUAAAUCCCUUCUUAAGAAAAUGUUAGAUGAAUAUAAGGAGGAGUGUAUAAAUUUAUGUAACAAAGUACCUUACAUGUGGCGAGAUUACUUGCCACUUUACACAGAACAGCAUGGUAUAAUGACGAAUGAUCUAAUACGCCAAUGUCUUCAAACUAGAGAUAAUAUUAUAUUUUCCAUUUUUUUACCUUUAUUGGAUGGGAAACAUUGGAACUAUAUAGCGACAUACGCGAAAGAAAUUCAAGAGGGACAGUGUCUGUUCUGUAGAAAGUCUAUAAAAAGAGGAAAUCACGAAGAAUGGAUAAACUGGACUGCUGUGAUAUAUGAAAUCAUGAAGAAACAGGGACCUGAUAUUGCCAUGACAUUAUUAAUAAAAUUAGAGAAAGCUAUUCCAAAUGUUCCUAUUGAUAGAAAUAUAUUUCAGUCAUUAGUAUUUACAAAACUUUUAUAUCAACAUGGGAUGAAGUAUGCCGUUAAUCUUAAUAAAACUAAUUUGGAGUCAUCUGAAUACAAUACAAUAUGUUCUACAAAGAUUCGAGAUCAAGUGGCAGAAGUUCUUGAAAAAGACUUAAGUAAACCGAUUAAUAAAAAUAUUUUCGAGAAUGGGCCGCAUCAUUGGGGAAUGCAUUAUCAGAAUAAAUUAUCUGUAUGUUCUUGCUGCACACUAUCCCUUCAAACACCAGUUCUAUUAGGUAAUAAUGGAAUCGCAAUAUUUGAUUGCGGCCACGCUUACCAUGUAAAUUGUAUGAUAGAAAAAAAACUCACUGCCUGUAAUCUUCAUUCUUAAUUGUACAUGCACAACAAAUAUAUACAAAUAAAUCUCGUAAAAGAAGAUACAAAUAUUAACGUGUAAACAAAGUCUCAUUCAGGUAGUUUACAGAAUGAAAAACUGCACACUAUAUCUAGUCUUUAAAAAAUUUGUUUGCGCGUACUCAUAUAAGCGUAUUUACAAAUUUAUUGUCGAAAUACAAAUUGUUAUCACAGAUAAAUCUCGCGGUUUAACAAUGAAGUUGAAUUUAAAAGAUAGGUUUUUUGAGUUUCUUAUGGUAUAAAGAAAUGUAAUGAUUUUAUCAAAUACAAUUUUGUUUGUAUAAGCAAGUAAUAAAAAUUACAAUAGAAACUAGUA